AUACGCAUAAGUACGAAGGUGAUGUAUUCAGUCAGCGGAGAUAUCACGUUUGCACCAAAGAUUUAUAAUCAUAGUCCAAUUUUAACGACAAACAAUACAUGUAAAACCACGCGCAGUGAACGCGGUUAUUCCCAUACUUUAGAAUACUUUCCAAAUAGACCAAUAAUUGCAAAGUCUCAACUAAAUAACAAAACACCAAUAUGGCCUCAGCAAAAUGCAAGUAAAAUAAUAAAUUAUACAGCACCUUACAAUAAAAACAUUGAUGAAAAUUACAGACGACCUUUGGAGUUAUUUAAACAGGAAACUCCUUAUAACAAAGCACGAAGAAAACAUUUUGAACAUUAUCAGCUAUAUCAGAACACAAAAGAACACGCUUUAUUAAAAAAUGUUGCUGCGGAAAAAAAAAUUACUACUGAAUUAAUAGUAUUAGAUGAUUUAAAAGAAUACAAAGGAGAAUAUAAGUCAAAUGACAGCCAGUCGAGUGACAACCAAUCUAAUGAUGCUUUUAGAAAACGGUGCUCUUUCGGACAUAGCAAAAUAAUUGAGCUAGAAAAAGAGUUCAAGUACAACAAAUAUUUGAGUCGUGAUCGUCGUGUUGAGUUUGCACGAAAUCUUGAGCUUAGUGAAUCCCAAAUUAAAAUUUGGUUUCAAAACAGGCGCAUGAAGCAGAAAAAAGAACAAACAGUGAAUGAUUUAACCAAAAAAGACGAUGAUUCACCUUGGUUUCGCAUUGAAAAGUUACAUUCACUAACAGAACCAUUUCUAUCAACUAACCAAGUAUCACCGAUGUUUCAUACCUUUUUAAACUGAAAGCUCUAAAAAGUUCUAAUUAAAAGCGCUAGUCGAGUAGUUUAAAUUGUCCGUUUACUAUAAAACCGUUUUUGUCUUUUUUUUUUAAAAAAAAAAAGUCUAUUACAUAUUUCGGACUUGACUUGGUUUACAAAAGUUUCGUAAAAUAAAAAAUUAUUUAUGCAUGAAAAAUGUAACCAUUCAUACGGUUUAAUAAAGCUCGAUUUAAUACUCAUUGAUAAAAAAAAAACACGAUGAAAAUCCCGUAGGAGCCGUCUAAUUCUAUCAUCUUAUAUUGUUACGCAGCUUAUAAUCUAAUAUAAAUAGAAAAAACUAAAAUUUUCUUCUUUAAUGCAUUUUUUCAAAGACUUAUACUAAAUAUGACGUAGUUUACAUUUUCUAAAUUAGUAAAAAACGAAAACAUAUAUACGACUAUAUAAACGAAAAGUUGCAAAGUCAAUGACCAUACUCGAUAAAAACUAAUGGUUAACUCACCCAAGUAAUCUGAUACACAUCUAAAUGUAUAUAAGUUAUUUUAACAAAAUAUCAUAACGUGCUGUUUAAAAAUGUGGCAAACCAUGUGGCCGGCAAAGUUGUUAACGUAAUAAGAUGUUGAAGAGUCUCGUGAUCAUGAAGAGUCAUAAAGAUCAUGAAGGUCAUAAAAAGUGGAAAUUUAGCUAAAUCUGAUAUAAAACGUUCGAUAAAGAAAAAAAUUAGUCUUUGGAGAUGAACUUUCUUUAAUCAAUAAUGUUUAUAACGAGUGACGAUUCAAGUUAACGACUAUCUGUCUGUUUUAAGUUUUUUGGUGACCAACUAAAUCUAUUUUAAAAUAAUAACUUUGACCAAUGAAUUAACACAGCUGUAAAUACUGUAAAUAAUAUGUGUAAAUAGUUUAUAUAUAUAUAUAUAUAUAUAUA